CAAAUCAUUUACAAGAUGGAUAUUUUUAGAUUUGUAAUAUACAAACAGGCUUGUGCCGUAAGAGCAGUGACAGGUUUUCAGUGUGACAGAAUAUAAAAUCCAAUGAUUUCUCUGUUUUAAUUUUACAGAACUCAGAGAUCUUCCAGAUCCCACUGACAGGCAUCAGACAAGAUGUUCUUUGUGAAGGGAGUCAAAACAACACAAGUCACUCAACAAAGGGUAAUUUAUAAGAGAUUAUGGGGUUAUGAGCUAAAGGACAAAAAACGGACAGAAACAGCGCUGAAGGCCGGAGAGGACAGGGCCAUCCUGCUGGGUUUGGGCAUGGUGUUCAGCUCAGUCAUGAUGUACUUUGUGAUCUGUAUCACCAUGGUGCGCACGUAUGCAGACAGUGUAUUGACAGAUGAGACCACCUGUAUUGUGCUUAACUCCACUCUAACAAAGGAUAUCAAUUGUUCAUACAAUUGUGGCUCCGACUGCUGGCGAAGCUCUAAGUACCCCUGUCUACAGGUCUACGUCAGCCUGAAUGCCACCGGCCGAAUUGGGCUGCUUGUUCACAAUGAGGAGAUGCUGGACGUCAGUUCAGAGUGUUUUUAUGUGCCAAAAUGCCAGAAGGACCACAGCGCCCUCCGUGUUAUGGUCCAAAAUAUUUCAGAACAUCUGAAGACGCAGCAGCAGGUAACAUGUUACCACGACUCCAGCGAGCAUCAGGCCAGUAUCCUUCUGAACCGUCUGCAUGGCAGCAGUGCAGUUUUCCACUCUCUCUUCUGGCCCUCCUGCAUGUUAUCUGGAGGAACCCUCAUCAUACUCAUGGUCAAGCUCACUCAAUACCUUUCCAUACUGUGUGAACAAAUUGGCAAAGCACCAAAGUGAAAGGGGCACAGUGAUUGACAGACACAGUGAAGUGAAAGGAGGAGCUUUCAU